AUGGUGGCGGUUAUUUUCCAUCUAUUUGUUUGUAGCUCUCUACUAAGGGCUGUCGUGGCUACUCAUGCGGAUGCUAUCGCUCCCAAUGCAACUAAAACAAUUGCAUUUUCUUCCGCAGUUCAGCUGGCAUCUUCUGUUCAAUGGCAACUGGAUCAGCUGGCAACCAUUCCAGCUAUUCCAAUUCCCAAAAACAUCACAGCACUGCCUGCCUAUCAGGCUGUCAGUAAACUGGCCCCGGCACUGCCUGUCAUACAAGCAGGCGUUGAGCUUCCAUCGGCCGAAAGCAUGAUAUCAGAUUUGAUAUCUUGGACCAAUGCAACUUCAACAGGAGAGUCGCUAGCCGCUCGACAAAGCGCUCUUAGAGUGAUGAUCGUCGGCGACUCUAUGACACAGGGCCAGCAAGGAGACUAUACCUGGAGAUAUAGAAUUUGGCAAUGGUUCCAGGAGAAUGGGAUUGCGGCUAAGUUUGUUGGUCCGUAUUCCGGCACAGUGCCGCCGGAAUCUGCAUCUCCACCGUCACCUCCGCCACUCUACGGAACUAAUGCAUCAACGACUCAAGUUGGGACGAACGGGGGUUAUGCCAAAGAUGUUGACUCUGGGUUUCUAUCAAAUAGCAAUCACUUCUCUGUGUGGGGUCGAGCGGCGGCAGUUGAUAAGGGCCUCAUCGCAGGCGUGUUACAGCAAAAUCCUGCAGAUCUGAUGCUGCUCAUGCUCGGUUUCAAUGACAUGGGCUGGUUUUACAGUGAUGCUGCAGGAACUAUUGACAGCAUUGGAACAUUAAUCGCUAAUGCUAGAUCUGUGAAUCCGAAUCUCAAGUUUGCUGUUGCGAAUGUGCCACAACGAAGCUUUAUUGGCGGUAGACAAGAUCUAGUCGAUAAAACCAACACAUUCAACAGCUUGUUACCCGGCGCUAUUUCUCAGUGGUCGACUGCGCAGUCUCCGAUUCACCUCGUUAAGCUUCAAGAGAAUUAUGAUUGCGAGCCUGGUGGUUGUCCAGCCGGCUAUGACGGUUUGCACCCAAACGCCUGGGGCGAAUAUCUGAUUGCUCAGGCUUUUUCAGAGACCCUGCUUAAUGACUUUGGGAUGGGCGUUGUGUCACUAGCGGUGCCUGGCAUGAACGAUCCAAGCCUUGCUAGAGACCUCCCUGUUCCGUCAAAUUUUCAGGUCUUUACCAGUCCUCAAGGUCUGACAAUUUACCUUUGCACAGUGUAUGGAGCAUAUAGCUAUGAUCUUCAAGUGUCUAUCAAUGGAGGAGCCAAUACCUUUUCACCAACUACGACAUCUUCCAACCGAUGGGAUUGCCAAUGGCCGUUAGCUGGAUGGACAUAUGCCGUCUCUGUGCGAGCAAGCGCUGGUGACACAAGGAAAGGAGCUUAUACAGGGACAUUAUCAGCGGUUGCUCAACCACAGCUCGCGCCUCCGCCUGAGAAUGUCGUCGUCACGCCCACAGAAACCGGCUUUACAGUGACGUGGGACCCCCCGACUGGUGACUAUACAGACAGUAUCGUUGAAUACAACGUGCUCUACUGGGACUGGAACCCGACUGAUUGCCAAUACAUUGCUGGGGCUGCGUUCAAGUCGUCGCCGGCAGUUAUCGAAGGACUAACUCCGGGAGUUAACUACAUGAUUGCCCCUGUGACUUGGAACAAGAAUGGACAAGGCUUACCUUUUAUUGCCCAAAAUGCUGUCCCUGGUUUAGGUACUCCUCCUGUACCAGGCGCCCCGUCGAUCAAUGCCAAUGAUCCGACUACCGCCCACAUCACUUGGACGGGCUCAAGCCAAGCUGGAGGUUACCAACUCUGGUCAAAGAAUAUCAACCAAGCAGGCAGUAAUUGGAGCGUGAUCGCUAAUGUGACAGAGUCUACCUGCAAUGACGAGUACUUCCUUUUUCCUGGAGUGUGGAACUUCGCAUUUGCUCUCUCUGCAUUCAACGGCAAUGAGGAGUCAGCCAUGGGGCCAUCAAAGGUUGCGCCUUCUCCAGCCAGCGGCGUCACCGAGGGAAGUCCAGGGCCAACGUGUCCUACAGUAUAG